AAAGUGUCUAGUCGCGGCCGACUCGCGCUCCUGACACGUCCUUAGUGUUAUCUUCUUUGAGGUUAUGUUAAGUGUGUGAUGUGUCACUAUGUUUAGAUACAAAUUUGGAUACUGUUCCUGACGCUAGUUGUUUAAUAUAAGGCACGGCGAUGACGGGGCUUCGCCCUCACCUGCUGAACGAGCAGGGCAGUGACGACAACUUCUCUGACGACGAGAGCUCACCUCUCACCCACGAUCUCUAUGGUGGAAGCACGCGAACGGUGCAGGAGACCAAAGGAUGGGACGUUUUCCGAGACCUUCCGCCCAAGUCGGACAGUGGCUCCAUGGAGUCCCAGGUCUGUCUGGAGUUCACUGUCAAGAUCCUGAAGGUCAUCGCUUAUCUCGUCACCUUUGUCAUCGUACUGGGAUGUGGAGUCAUCGCCAAGGGAUCUGUCUUCUUCAUGACCUCACAGCUGAGGCCAGACCGUGUUGUUCCAUAUUGCAACAAAGACUUAGGACGAGACAAACAGUUUGUAGUCAACCUCCCUCCAGAGGAGAGGGUAGCCUGGACAUGGUGUCUUCUGUUCGCCUUCAUGGUCCCGGAAGUCGGGACUCUCCUGAGGUCCCUCAGGAUAUGCUUUUUCAAAUCCUGGAGGAAGCCUCCCUUCGGCGACUUCCUCUUUGUCUUCAUCAUGGAGACACUCCACACUGUUGGGUUGGCAAUGCUGAUCUUUGUCAUUCUCCCGGAGUUGGACGCCAUCAAGGGAGCCAUGCUGACCAACUGUGUCUGUUUUGUGCCUGCUGUGCUGAGUCUUCUCUCCCGCAACACCAAGGGCUGUACGUCUCGCUCAGAGAAGACGGAGGUUUACAUGAAGGCCAUUGUAGACAUAGUAGCCAUCGCAGCGCAGGCCACAGGCUUCGUCAUGUGGCCUCUACUCGAGGGAGGACAACACCCUAACUUGUGGAUCAUCCCUAUCUCAUUGGCCUGCAUAUCCUGUGGUUGGUGGGAGAACUUCAUCGGCAAAAACAGCGUCGUUGUGUUCACAAAACCUUUCUGGCGUAUAAAGGACAGACUGAAGCGCACCAGGUACUUCACCUACAUCUUCAUCUCUAUCUGGAAGAUCCUCAGUUUCUUCUUUCUGACCGUUGUAGCUGUGGCAUACAGAGGGGAGAGUAUCUCUAAGUUCUUCUCAUCCUUUUCUGCUGGAUUCUCUGCUCACAAAAUCAGGAUUACUGAGAUCAAGCCAGUGUUUGGAGGGACCAGUUUACCAGACUUGGCUGAUGUCACACCCACCGGUGAAGUCAUUGACAUAGAAGCUCAAUACAACACGGCUCUGUAUGUGCUACUGAUGCACAUCAUUUCUGCCUACCUGUGCUACAUCUUUGGUAAGUUUGCGUGUAAGAUUGUGAUCCAGGGCUUCAGCUACGCUUUCCCAGUGAACCUCACAAUCCCGGUUACGCUGUCACUGCUCAUCGCCAUGUGUGGGUUGCGUCAUGACGACCCGUGCUUCUUCCACAACACCAUCCCCGACUACCUGUUCUUUGAGUCUCCUCCUGUGUAUUUCCUGAAUGACUUCAUAUCAAAACAGCAUGCAUGGGUCUGGUUGCUGUGGCUGCUGUCUCAGACGUGGAUCACUCUUCACAUCUGGACUCCCAAGAUUGAACGUCUCGCCAGCACCGAGAAGUUGUUUGUUCUGCCGAUGUACAACUCUCUGCUCAUCGACCAAUCUCUCGGUCUUAACAGGAGAAAGGACGAUGGCAAUGAUGUCAAAACUGAGGAACUAGCGGACAGAGAGAAAGACCCUGAUGAGUAUUACGAGACAAUCUCAGUCCACACUGAUAACAGCAGCACGACACCACGAACUGUCAAGAAGUCCGACUCAAUCACUCGGAUCUAUGCCUGCGCGACCAUGUGGCACGAGACUCGUGACGAGAUGAUGGAGAUGUUGAAGAGUAUCAUGAGACUGGACGAGGACCAGUGUGCGAGACGAGUCGCUCAGAAAUAUCUGCGGGUGGUGGACCCUGACUACUACGAGUUUGAGACACAUCUGUUCUUUGACGAUGCCUUUGAGAUCAGUGACGUCAACGAUGACUGGUCGCAAGUGAACAGGUUCGUAAAACUGUUGGUGUCGACCAUUGAUGACGCAGCGUCACAUGUUCACGAGACUAACAUCCGUAUCCGAGCUCCCACCAAGUAUCCGACACCGUACGGAGGACGUCUGGUUUGGACCUUACCAGGAAAGACCAAAAUGAUCUGCCACCUUAAGGACAAGAGUAAAAUCAGACAUAGGAAACGCUGGAGUCAGGUGAUGUACAUGUACUACCUGCUCGGUCAUCGACUGAUGGAACUGCCAAUCUCGGUGGAGCGCAAAGAGGUGAUCGCAGAGAACACCUACUUGUUGACUCUUGAUGGAGACAUUGACUUCCAACCUCAUGCUGUGCGACUGCUUAUUGACUUGAUGAAGAAGAAUAGGAACCUAGGAGCAGCUUGUGGCCGUAUUCACCCUGUUGGCUCAGGUCUGAUGGUGUGGUACCAGAUGUUCGAGUACGCCAUUGGUCAUUGGCUGCAGAAGGCCACUGAACACAUGAUAGGCUGCGUCUUGUGUAGUCCUGGAUGCUUCUCUCUGUUCAGAGGAAAGGCUCUGAUGGACGACAAUGUGAUGAGACGAUACACAACUCAGUCUGACCAGGCUCGCCACUACGUGCAGUACGAUCAAGGGGAAGAUCGAUGGCUUUGUACGCUGCUGCUCCAAAGAGGCUACAGAGUAGAGUACUCAGCUGCCAGUGAUGCUUACACUCAUUGUCCUGAGGGCUUCAAUGAGUUCUUCAAUCAGAGACGUCGCUGGGUGCCUUCCACCAUGGCUAACAUCAUGGACCUUCUCAUGGACUACAAAAAGACCAUUAAAAUCAAUGACAACAUCUCUCUUCCAUACAUCUCUUACCAGGUUAUGUUGAUGGGUGGUACCAUCCUUGGCCCAGGAACCAUAUUCCUUAUGUUGGUGGGAGCUUUUGUGGCUGCUUUCCGUAUUGACAACUGGACCAGUUUCUACUACAAUAUUGUUCCCAUCAUGUUCUUCAUGCUGGUGUGCUUCACAUGCAAAUCCAAUAUACAGCUACUAGUAGCCCAAAUCCUAUCAACAGCGUAUGCCUUGAUCAUGAUGGCAGUAUUCGUGGGUACAGCCUUGCAGUUGGGAGAGGACGGUGCCGGAAGUCCUUCAGCCAUCUUCCUCUCUUGUAUGAUGGGUUCCUUCAUCAUAGCGGCCAUCUUGCAUCCUCAGGAGUUCAAGUGUAUCCUUCCCAUCCUGAUUUACUUCCUGUCCAUUCCUGCCAUGUACCUCCUGUUGAUCCUGUACUCUAUCAUCAACCUGAAUGUUGUCACCUGGGGAACCCGUGAGGUCCAGGUCAAGAAGACCAAGAAGGAACUUGAAGAAGAGAAGAAAGAAAUGGAAGAGGCCAAAAGAAGAGCAAAACGGAAGACACUGCUUGGCUUCUUGCAAGACAACUCCAACCCAACAGAUGACAAAGAGGAGGAAGGAUCGUUUGAGCUGUCGUUUGCUGGCUUGUUCAAGUGCAUGUUCUGUACGUAUCCUAAACCUGUUGAUGAGAAGCAACAGCUCUUGAGAAUAGCAGAGUCUUUGGACACUCUUGGAAAGAGGCUGGAAUCCAUUGAAAAAGUGGUGGAUCCGCAUGGUCACGUAGUGGUCAGUCGUCGAAGGACAACCUCAGCUUCCAGUCGUGACCAUAGUCACGGUCACGGACAUGGUCACGGUCACGGAAUGGGAGCGUUGGCUGAGGACCCGGCUGAAGAAGAUCAGCUUCAUGACGAUGAAUCAGACACCGGCUCUACUGGCUCCACUGGAGAACCAAAAAUCGAGAGAAACGAUGAAAUAAACCCGUACUGGAUCGAAGACAAGGAUCUGAAGAAAGGUCCUGUGGCGUUUCUCUCAGCUGGGGAAAACCAGUUUUGGAAAGAACUUUUGGAAAAGUAUUUAUUCCCUAUUGAUGAAGACAAAAAUGAAAAGGCUAGGAUUGCUGCCGAUCUAAUCGAGUUGAGGAACACUUCGGUGUUUGCCUUCUUCAUGAUGAACGCUUUAUUUGUGCUAAUCGUGUUUUUGCUGCAACUCAAUAAGGACCAGAUUCAUGUGCAGUGGCCUUUUGGGGUCAAGACAAAUAUCACUUACGUUGAGGAUACGGCAGAGGUACUGAUCUCCAAAGAAUACCUUCAGCUUGAGCCAAUCGGUCUGGUGUUUGUGUUCUUCUUUGCACUCAUUUUGGUGAUCCAGUUCACGGCUAUGUUGUUCCAUAGAUUCGGAACCAUCUCACAUAUUCUGGCAUCUACGGAACUGAACUGGUGUUGCAACAAGAAGGUUGAGGAGAUGUCUAAUGAUAAACUACUGGACAAACAAGCAGUUGACAUCGUCCGACACUUACAACGGCUGAAAGGUAUCAAUGGAGACUACGAAAACGACUCUGGCUCCAGCGCAGACCGUGUCGGACGGCGAAGAACCAUCUACAACAUCGAGAAGCAGCGGCAGAAGACCCGAACAAUCGGGACUCUGGAUGUUGCUUUCAGGAAGCGCUUCCUUCAGAUGAAAAUGGAAGAGGGCGAGGAAAACCCAGGUACACCUAUCCUGGGGCGCAAACUGACAAUGCGUCGUGAAGUCCGGGAGGCGUUGGAGGUGAGAAGAAGAUCUCUGCAAAACGAGAGACGGAAAUCGCAGAUGCAGACUUUAGGAGCAAACAAUGCAGUGACCAGGACACAGAGGAUAUCGAACGCUGGGGUGAGCGUAAAGGACCUCUUCGAAGGACAUCCAAAUCCUGCUUACGAGCCUGACGACGACCAAGGGUCUCUCAUGAUGCAAAAUGUGAAGAGAAAUUGGGCAGAGCUUGAGAGAGCCAACAGCCAUAUGUGAACAAGACAUACACCUAACUAGGUCUAUGAAACAAACAGAACAAAAAGUGUCAGACUACUAUAGUCCAAAACACUCAAAUUGACGACUGAAGCUGUCAAACAGCAUAAAGUGUAGCACAAAGAAUAAUACAUGUUUAAGUUCAAAAGGUAUUCCAUAGGGAAAUAACAUAAUAUUUUUCAAGGGGAAAACAUAAUUUUAUUUUACUCAGCCAAACUAAAUCCUAAACAAAAUUUUAUAAAGUUACAAUUUUUAGUUUUUUUUAAAAUGUAUUUAAAAAUUUGGAAUAGUUUAUGUUUCCAAAAAUGUUUAACUCCUAAGAAUUGCCUACUUCGUAACACGAACCUGCCAAUGAAUACUGCCUGUAGCAUUUAACUGCCUUACCUUGUUUUGUUAUAUUAUGUUACAACUUUCUAGGUCGGUUGUGAUUAUUUUAUAGAACAUUUUAAUUCCUUAUAGUGUUAACUAAAUAAUACUCAUUUAUCUUCUAGAUGUUACUAUGAAAAGCAAAAUGUAUAUCAUAACAAAGAUUCAAUUAGUUGUAUUUUUCUACUUAAUACUAUAGAUAGGUUUUGGAUACCUGUUUGCUCAAUAUUUGUUGUAUUUUCCAUGACCUUUUGUGCGAUACUUUAAAGUAACUUAGUUUUAUGAUAAAUUAUGUUAAUUAUACUGUAGAUUACAAAAAUAUAUUUUAGUGUUAUGGUUGGUCAAAUCAAUUGUACACUGAAUAAAAUUGUGAUAUUUUUA